AUGGCGAUGUCGCGCGCGUCCUUCGCGCCGAUCGCGCCCGCUCGUCGCGCCGCCGCCGCCGCCGCGGCGGCGCGCACGCGCGCGCCGUCGUCGACGACGUUCGGGUCGAUCGUUCCGUCUCGGAAAAACAUCCAGCGUCGUCGUCGUCGCGAGACGAUGAUCCCCGUCGCCGCGUCGUCGUCGUCGUCUCGUCGUUCUCUCGUCGUCGUCGCCGGCGGCGCCGCCGCGGGCGCGGGCGGGGAGAUGGAGCUCCUCCCCCCCGUCUCGAGAGACGAAUCGUUCGAGCAAGCGCGCGUCGCGAUCGACGCGGUCGUCUCCAAGCGCGCGAAGAAGAGCGGAAAAAAACGUAAAUCCAGCGGCAAAUCCCUCGCGCAGCUCCGCGUCGCCGUCGAGCUCCCGCUCGCGUCCGACGCCCCGAGCGCGGUCUGCGCGAUGGUCAGAGGCGCGUGCGGCGGCGGGACCGUCUCCACCGCGGUGUACGGCGACCCGGAGUGCGCGACGCUCGCGGCGGGGAAGACGAAGGCGGAGAACGACGGCAUCGCGGAGCACGUCUCGUUGGACGACGCCCUCCGCGGGGACGGCUGCGACCUCGCGGUCGGGACCGGCGCGGUCGCGCUCGUGGGUGUCCCCGACGACGAGAUCGGCAAGGCGCGUCGAGUCGCGGAGCUCAGCGGCGGCAGGCCGAUCGUGGGCGUGAACGUGGAGUGGGAGCACGCCGGCGACGGCGGCGUCUCCUUCCGCGGGACGCCGGCAGCGUCGACGGCGACCCCGGACGAAACCUUCGCGAACUCGUUCAGCGUCGUGUACUCGUACCUCCCGCUCGCGAUUCAGGGCAUCGCGGGCGACACGACGGAGGGCGCGGUGUUUAAGUGCGUCAGGGGCGGCGCCCCGGAGGGGUCGCCGUGGCGCAUUCUGGUCAAAGACGACGGGAAGGAAUACCAACAGGUCGGCGCGAUGCGACGGCGGCCGGGGGCGGAGGAUCUCGAGUCCGCGCUGUACAACGCCGCGGCGGCGAAGUCGCCGGUGAACAAGGGCAUCGGCGUGUUUCGAGGGCUCGCGGAUAAGGUGAAGAACUCGAUACCGAACCCGUUAGACGGGCUCGGCGGCGGCGGGAAGAGGUAG